CCGUGUAAAAAGCACAUCCCUGAUUUGUGAUCUAUCUUAUCAUAGCUUCAUUCACCCCGCAAUCUCAACCCCAACCCCAACCCCACCAUCCCAUCAUCCCUCCUUUUCUCAAAUUUACAAAUUCAAAUAAACAAUCAAACAGUCCAAUCAAACAAUCACCCCACCACCAAUCUCUUCCUCAAUCCCAUCCAACCCCAAACAAACCAACACACCCUGCCUUUCCCUCCCAAACCUUCCCCAUUUCCCAUCGGUAUCCCCAGCCUUCCACCCCAAAAUGUCCCCUCCCUCGAACUCGCAACCUUCACCCUGCACUCCGCCCUCCUCCCUCGCAUCCGGCGCGCAUAGAAUUCUGUUCUCAAAAAUCCCUCGACGGACUAACACCCUCGAUUCAAGAUUACCUCUUCAUUACAUCUAGUCUCUCAUCCCCUCCACCCUCUCAUCCCCUCCACCCUCCCAUCCCCCUCACCCCAACACUUCAAGAAAAAACCAAAACCAAAACCAAAAUCAACACAGAAGCUACAACCGACACCAACACCCCUUCAAUAAACCAUUUAAUAACAGAAAAAAUAAACAUAAUGAUCCGGCCCCUCCCCCCAAAACCACACUCCGAUGAUUUCCGCGUGGAAACCUCUACAUUCCAGAAAAUGAAAGAGGAAAUCCGAGAAUUCAAAAGAUUAGGCGUAAGGGGAUUUGUAUUUGGGAUUUUGAAAGAAGAUGAAGAAGAAGGAGGUUUAAUAAUCGAUCAAGAGCGCUGUAAAGAACUACUAAAAAUAGCACGGGAGGGACACGAUGGGGAAAAGGUUCGCUGUACCUUUCAUAGGGCUUUUGAUCUGAUUGAUAGAGAGAGGAUGGGUGAGCAGUUGGAGGUUGUGAGUUUUUUUUUUCUUUGCUAUCUUUCCUAAAUCCCAAUCCCGAUCCCAAUCCGACUCCCACUCCCUCCCUCCACCUCUCCUUUCUUCCCCUUUCCCUUAUCUCCACUCUCCAAAAUCCCCCACAGACCCCAAAACCCCAACUAACCCUUCCCCUCUUCUUUCCCAAAAGCUCAUAAACCUCCCCUUCACCUCCCUGCUCACCUCCGGCGGCUCGCCCACAUGCACAUCCACCCAAGGAAAAGCCCAAAUCCGAAAAAUAGUCCAGCAAGCAGGAGGACGCAUUGAGAUAAUAGUCGGUGGAGGUGUGCGGAGUCGUAAUUUGAAGGAGUUGAUUGAUGAGAUAGGGGCGCAGUGGUUUCAUAGUAGUGCCGUUACGGGAGAGGGAGAGGAGGUGGAUGUGGAGGAGGUGAGGAGGUUGAGGGAGAUUAUGUGUAUGCAUGGGGAUGGGUCUGUUGGGAAGAUAUAGUAAUUAUAGCGUUUAUAUUUUUAUUAUAUCAAUCACUUAUGAAUAUCAACUGAUCUCAUC